AUGUCUCCCGUUUUCCUGUCUUCUAGCUCAAGUAUCAUAUCCACGCCGUUCUCUCUGUCCUUGCACGUCAUCCCGCCCGCUCUUUUGCUCAUUCUGUCCCGAAACAAACUUGUCCUAAAUAUUCUCUUGGCGCUCAAUACUGUCCUACCAGCCAUCGCUAGCGGACUUGGCCUCGGAGCGUCGUUCAACCAUGUCCAUCUCCUUCAGCGCCUUUGGAAUGUCUUUUUGGCCUUGCAUGCAUGUCUCUUAUCUUUGAGUUCGCUGUACGUAUUGUUCGUGGCCACCACUCCAGAUUCUCUGGUUCCCCACCGCGCCUUUCGCUUCCUAGCGGUCUUGGUGACAACAUUUCUUAUAUGCGUUUUGAAUGCCAUCAUAGCGACAAUCGCUGGCUCAAUUGCAAGCACUCCCACUUUGCUUUCACCCACAUUCUCUCUUAUCUCACGAAGUCUUCAACUCCCCCUCGCUAUUGGCAUCUUCCUUGAUAUACGCUCUGCUAUCGCCGUUGCAGCUCCAUUCACCAAGAUAUCCGAGAAAGUCCCAGCAGGUCCCGAGAGCUCAGCUCGUCCGACCAUCGCUCAGAAUAAAUCUAGACGGGUCAGCUCACCCACUCCUGACACUUGGCCUUUUCCAGCCUCAUUGGUGCAUACUCAGCCGACAUGCGACCGCUCAUCGGCCAAAAGUGCAAAAACUGUCGUAAAUUUACCACCAUCACUCACCCUCACUCACUCAGGGCAAGAAAACAGUGUGAUACCUGAGGGAAAGGCGGCAAUAAGCUGGCUUUACAAGGAGAUGCGUCUUCCCGUUACCAUGUUAGCGGCGCAGGCAGCUGCUAUAAAUUCUCCAUCCUGGGCCGCUUUGCAAGCCCCCGAUUCAGUGACAACAUCGCAACCAUCGCAAAAUUCUGACGUAACAGUUGCCGCUGGACUUGUUAUCGCUCACUCCGUCUGUUCACUGUUCUGGGCGAUGGGUGUGGUCACUACCCUUUAUUUACUUCCGUCUAUCGUUAAGUCGACCCUGCCGACCCUGCCAACUUCUGUCAAUCAUACAGCGGAUUCCUCGGUACCGAAAGCUAUGGAAUUUCCCAACCAUCGCAUCGCAAAGCACUCCCUUUCGCGGGGCAUGUCUUCGGACUCGGCCUCCGAUUUUCUCUCCAUGAGGGAUCCUUUUGCUUCCCCACCUCCCCCGCCUCCUCCCACCAUCGGCCUUGGAAUUGCUGAUUUGAAUCAUGUGCAAUUUCGUGACGUAGCUGCCCAAUAUCGGUUUCCCGCGCCCAAAGCUAAGAAGGCUAAAGGAAGAUGCAAGAGACGAAUGGGAUUGAGGGUGAGAGCGCUGGAACACCAAGCCUCAGCACAAGCUCUACUCCCUUCUCGUCCCCCUCCGGUUCACAUCAAUGAGGGAGAACGUGGCCUUGGAGAUGAGGUUCUAAUGGCACAACUUCUUCUGCAGUCUCUGACGGCGGGUACUGAAGCGGAAGCAGAAUACAGCAGCUCAACGAGGGCAGCAGCAACGAACCACGUGUUACCUUUUCCUGAACCUACUGUGCAGGUCGAGAGGCUGGGAUCAAGGUGGAGUACUAGCACAACGGCUCUGUCGGCAUCGACAGGCACUGUUUGGAGCGAAAAGAGAUCACGGGCUUCUACUAGCACUUCAGCCUCCGUGCGUGCAGGUGGGAGGAAAAGUUCGGAUGCGAGAAAAUCAUCCGCUACAGGGUUCUCGGCUUCCUCCGCCCCAUCUACCUAA